CACACUGAAUAAUUACUCCUGGUUUCCUUACCCACGAAGCAAGCGCGGAAUUCUUCACCGUUUCUUCUGCGUUCCCUUCCCUUCCCUUACCCUAUCUCUGUUCUGUAUAUAAACUCCAAAAAUUACUGGGUACUUUAUUAUGCGAUCAGUAGCAGUAUCGUUUUUUUCUUUGUUUUUUUUCUCAAUUUAUUUUUCCUUAUAACCCAAAAAUUAGUAGCGAGAUAGGGUAGUGUUUUGUUGUUGGAUUCCAAUGGGUGAUUCUGGAGUUACGGAUAACGAAGUUGCCGGGCAAUACGAUUGGAUACUCGAUGGAAUCCCCGAUGAUUUGAGCCUGUUCUUCGAUGAUAUUCCCCUUUCAGAUGUAACGAAUUCGUCUCCUGAUUCCCUUCCUUUGACGAUCGACGACAUCGACCAGAUUUUAUUGGGAGACGACGACAACGAGGAAAGUCGCCGAGAUACGGUCGUUGCGGAGCAGCAGCUGGAUAUAUUCUCGGAUUACCUUCUCGAUUCGCCCGUCGAGUCCGAUCACUCUGCUGAAAUCGUUGACUUAACCGACGGCGGCAAGAACGCGAAUUCUCCUUCUUCUUCCUCGGAGGAGGAGCAUCGUGACGUCAUCCUUCCGCAGGAUGACAGCGGAGAUGGUGGAGAUCCGACUAACAAGAAACGGCAAAGGCAGUUGAGAAAUCGGGAUGCUGCAGUGAGAUCAAGGGAGAGGAAGAAGAUGUAUGUGAGGGAUCUUGAGAUGAAAACAAAGUACUUAGAAGGGGAAUGCAGGAGGCUGGGGAUGUUGCUCCAGUGCUGUUGUGCAGAAAAUCAAGCUCUACGCCUUUCCUUGCAGAAUGCCAAGGCCUUUGAUGCUUCCAUGACCAAGCAGGAGUCUGCUGUGCUCUUGUUGGAAUCCCUGCUGUUGGGUUCCCUGCUUUGGUUCCUGGGCAUCGUUUGCCUGCUCAUUCAGCCCGGACUGCUCCAGUUCGAUCUGGAAACAGUUCAAAUAGGAAGCGUGGACAAGAAAAAUCAGGGAAGUCUGGCUGUAAGAAAGCCAGGAAGUAAGGUGUUUGGACUCAAUCUGUUCCGGUCGUUUAUGGUGAGCAAGAUAUGCAAAGCUUCAAGGUCGAGGAUGAAACCAAGUUUCCUUUCUAUAAAAGUUUUGGUGUGACUCAUGAGGCGUUUCUCUGCUUUGCUUGGCAUGUUUUCUGGUUCUGUAGUAAAUAAGUAUUGGGCUCUUUCUCUCCUAAUUUCUCAAUACUGUGUUUAGAUGGAUAAUUUUCUAUGACACUAUUAUGAGUUUCGUCAGCUGGAACCCCAAUAUGUUAUUUUUUAAAUGUUGCGUUCUUUGGUCGAUUAUAUAGAUUAUCUGUUCUUUGAAA